AUGACUGACAUGUCUGUCGAUCUCGCGAUCUGGCAGCGGAUGAGAGAAGAUCAGCUUGAGGAUGUCAAGUGCGAGUGGGGUGAAGAGGGAGACAAACUACUGGGAAAGGGUGAAGCUGAGGGCGAUGCUCAGGGAGAAGGGUGCAUCGAAAAGAGGCAUCGUCAACCCUUCGUCUCCCUCCACAUUGUCUCGGAUGACCUGCUGCUCGGCCAGAAGCAAAGUGCCUCUCAGCUUGCGUGGUUGUUGCAUGAACUGAUGGCCAGGACAAAGACAGAACAGUCACGGACCAGAGGGGGAGAGUGCUGA